UCCCUCUCCCUCAGAUGCUCUUCAAUUUCUUCUCUGCCUCCUCCGCUCCUCAUGUGAUCCUUCAACACCUCACCAUCAAACUGAAAAACUUCCACCAUUAAUGUUCUAGUCAUGUUUAUAUAUGUCCUUCAAUAAUGAAGGCAAUCGACUCCCUCCCCAUUCUUCAACGGCAGCAGCCACCGAUUCUUCUGCUCCUGCUACUAGCUAGACACUGGCUAUUAUUCAUCUCUCUAUGCUUUGUGGUAUGGAGUCCGGCGAGGAGAUUCAACAGAAGGAUGGCAGUGGUGACAGCAGCAGUAACAGAAGCAGCUACUUGUGUAGGCAAACGAGCACGAGGUGGGUACCAACAGCUGAGCAGAUACGCAUACUGAAGGAGCUGUACUACGGCAAUGGAUUGAGGUCGCCCACUGCGGAGCAGAUACAGAGGAUAUCGGCGAGGCUCAGGCAGUAUGGCAGGAUAGAGGGGAAGAACGUCUUCUACUGGUUCCAGAACCACAAGGCCAGGGAGAGACAGAAGAAAAGGCUCGAUGCAGACUUCGCCGCACAGAGGACCACGGCCGCCACCACCACUGCUACCCCCGUCGCCGUCCAUCGAUGGAGUUCCUAUGGCGAUUUUGCUUCCAAGUCGACCUCUAUUCUCAACACCAAUGUUGUUGUUGGUAUAUCUAAUGCAACAUAUCUCUCUUUUUCUGUCUUUCAUUUUCCUGGUCUUAACACAGUAGCUACUUCCUGCUCGGGAAAUGUACUUUCUGCAGGGCAAGUGUGUCGCAGAAGCUGUGGCUCAGUGAUAGCGAACAGUGGUCAUCGUCCGGAUUCUUCUUGCUUAGGUCGCGACGGCUUCAUCUCUUCCGGAAGCAGUUGCACGUCCGAGACGGGCACCGACUCGCAUGGGCUUUUCGACCCCGGAGACUCGGGCGUCGCCGCAGAUAGGAGCGCAGGGAUCCUUGAAACGCUGCAACUCUUUCCUUUACGAGGAAGCGAUGACUCGGGGACCGGUUCGGAGAGAUCGAGAAUCGGGGAGACGUACCCAGCCUUGUGCUUCGACGACGCCUCCCUCGAGCUGACGCUCAGCAGCUUCCCUGGUGGAGAUGGUGGCAUGCGAAACGCAGGUUCAGGACCCACUUUCUUACCUUCUGGUUCGUGAUCAUCUUCCGAGACGAUCUGCUUUCCUUCCGUCUCGCGAUUCGGCUAUCCGUGGUUUUGUCUCUAUCCCAAACAUGUGCAUUUAGGCAAAUAGCGUGCAAUUGCCAAAAGGUUUCAGUUAUGUUUAAACUCAUUAUUCCUCUCAUGACAAAGAAUUCCUCUCACUAACAUCUUGUGUGUGUGAAUGCAAACAUGA